CCUCAUAAGGACGAGCACUUGACCAGCCGGGUCUUCAUCUCACACGAGAAUUCUCCAAACAACCAACUUCAAACACCUUUUUACACGACUCGAUUUCAUACGGUAUAAUAUCCUUUCAUCAUGCCUGCAACUCGCAAUACUGGAGCGCAGAUCGGCAAGGUCGUUUAUAAGCCCGAGCCGAAGAGCACAGACGAAUUCGUAGUCAUUGUACAUCCCAGCGAGUACAAGAAGUGGAAAGAGGGAGAUCGAUACCACUCACAGAGGUUCUCGACUGUAUGUCUAUGUGCCUAUAAUACCCUCAUCUUCAUCGCCGUCUUACUCACGCGCCCACCCAUCGCAGCCUUUGAGAUCUUCCACUCUACCCAAGGAGCACAAGGUAUCCUAGGACGGCCAUCACAUCAACAACUCGAGAAUGAGUUUGGUACGCACAAAGACUUGGAUGUCGCCCUUCAAAUCCUUGAGAAAGGCAAGCUGGAGGCAUCCAGUGGGAUCGAUACCAGUACUAUCGGCACGAACCUCUCAAAGGGGUCUUUUUCGCUCGACACUCGUGGUGCCAGGAAUAUGACAGGUACUUCUUCCUGAAGCACAGGUGGUUGCUGUGAUUCUGAGUUGGAGGAUGGACCUCUAGUCACCAUUUCAUGGGCGUUGCUUGAGCAGAAGAGGAAAUGGACACAAGUGUAAAGAAAUAUCGCAUAUAUUGACUGUAACACUACACAUCCAUUUGCAUUGGGCUUUACAGCAAGCAUUGUAUCUGUAUUCUUCAAAGUAUUGGCGCGAAGGGCGACAAUCUGAGGCGUGAACAAUUAAUUCACAAGAUGGUAAUAGCUCCGACUCGCGUGCUCAUGUCCUUCUGUACCAAAAUACC